AUGGAUGUGAUCAUGAGGUGGCACUUCUUCUCCACCAAAGAGGCCAUCAUCAAAAGCAGCAGGAACUACACCUAUACCUAUGAAGGCAGCACACUGCACCUGUACCAAGACAUGGCACCGGCCACACUGGCAAGAAGAAGGGAAUGGAAGCUGAUUGCAGACCUGGUGAGGACCAAAGGCUACAGCUUCGCAUGGGAAUAUCCAUUUAAAAUGCUGGUGUUCAACAACCCACGGGCAGCGGUACUCCUGCCAUCCACAGACCAAACCCUGACCGACCUCCAUCAGCCCCCUGACUCACACGAUAAGGCGAGACGUAGAUAA